AUGGCAUCAGACUCAGAAGAGCUCUCGUUCGUCUCUUUCAUUCUGAAACCAGGUUCAUCCCUCCAUCCAACAUUUCUUUUCGCUGUCGAUGCUGCAUUUGCACUCCUGUUCUUCGUCUUCCUUUGGUCAGCGUACCUAACGAAAGGCAAUCCGCACUUCUUCGUUUUGAUGGGUAUCCAGCUCGCUCUGUGGGCGAGCGUAAAAUGGUACGUCGUGUUGGGCAUACAAAUGUUGAACGUUGAACAGUAA